ACAGUUACGGAGCAGAAACCAGUGAGCAGCUUAGACCCAGAGGGACAGCUACUACUCCUCAGCUCAUAAAACUUUAACAACAUCGAGGACUGAAGAAGAAAGGAUUUUUAGUUGUGUUAACAUGGCAUCUGUGAAAACUGUGCUUUAUCUGGGAGUCUGUCUAUUUGCUGCGAUCAUCACUACUGCAGACAGCGACCUUCUGCCUAAAGCACAAAACGUACGCUGGGUAUCUCUGGACUUUAAAACCAUCCUCCACUGGACUGUCGAACCAUCGAAGUACAAAUACACUGUCCUGUACUCGAGGAAUGGCAGUGACUGGAUGGAGAUACUGGAAUGCACUCGAUUGUCGCAGUCAGAGUGUGAUUUGUCCAUCCACCUCACACCCUACAACAAGUUCUUCACUGCAGACAUCAAAACCGAGCCUGAGAGUUUGGACUACGACUACGACCUGGAGGAGUUCCCUCACACUGAGUCCCCACCCUUCAACCCUUAUAAAGACAGUAACAUCAGUGCGGUGAACUUCACUGUGGAGGCUGCGGAUGAGAGCAGAGCCAUUGUGAACAUCAUCGAUCCCCUGACCAGCAUUCAUCAGGGCAAAAAGCAGCUCAGCAUCAGAGACAUCUUUAAAAAAGACCUCAAAUAUAAGAUCAUCUACUACAAGGCUGGAAGCACAGGCAAGAGAGAAGUCAUAUCUGACACCAGUACAACAGAGGUGACGAAGCUGGACGCAGGACAGAGUUACUGCUUCAUGGUGGCCGCUUUCAUCCCGAACAGACGCAAAGCUACCCAGCAGGGAGCCUGGAGCAUCCAGCAGUGCACACCUGGAGAAAUUAAUAUCCUGCAAGAUUUGAGUCUGGGAGCGUGGGUCGGUAUAGUCUUCAUUCUGCUCACAGUUCUCAUCAUCAUCAUCACAGUGACGGUCCUCUGCUGCAAAUGCUGCCGACAGAAGAACCCAUCUCAGCAAUCGGCAACUAUUUAAUGUGCUUGUGUGUGUGUGUGUGUGUGUAGGUGUCUGUGUAUCACAGGGAGCUGGUCUCCCAUCAGUUUUCUAUCUCCUUUCUGUUUUUAGGAAAACACUAUUUGACAUUGCUCUGCUGUGCAUUUACAGUGUAUUGUAGUUUGCACUUUUUUUAUUUCAUAUUUACAUAUUUACAUGAAUGUGAGCAUGUGCAGCUUUCUCUGACUAUGCAGUAAGAAAUCUUUUUUCAAUUUUAUACUAUGAUA